AUGAUGAGCUUGAAGACGUUUAUUUUGCUCAUCGCUUUGAGAACGAGUUUCUCACUGAGAUGUCAAUGCUCUUCGGAUGCCGGCGGCGUUCCGUGCUACAAUGGUUGGUGCGAUGUGCAAAAUGCCGGUGGUAAGGUAGGAGCCUGUGCCUUAGCUCGAAUAGGAACUCGUCAACAAUUCGCUUGUGUGCGAGUGAAACCGACCAGCGAGGAUUCGUGCAAGGUGGUUCGACGGAAUGGCGAAGUGGUGGUAAAAUGCUGGUGUCGAAGUCAAGACUAUUGCAAUACAGACCUAUCCGAUCGUAUCGAGGAGGAUCAUGAAGAGCACGAAAAUCCAGGAAAUCUGGUGGUUUCAGCAGAGAAAAUCGAGACAACAAUGUCGUCUGUGAUUGAGGCGGGCAAAGAAGAAAUGAAGGAAGACUUUGUCAUUGAGCGAAACUACGAUAUGAAGGAUGAGGAAUAUCUCAUCAACUACGACAGCGACAUCGUUUCCGAUGAAGAUGAACCACCACCACCUACUCUUCCAUCUGUCAAGAAACAAGAAGAAAAAAUCCCGACCACAACAAUUCCACCAUGGAGACGCGGAUAUCCAGUGGAACCUCCUCCAGAGCAAAGGAAGCUGUUGCCACCAGCACCACCACCACCACCACCUCCACCACAUUCGGAUCCGUAUGUGCAGCGCCUUAAGGAGGAGGCAGAACAUAGGAAACGAUUGCAAGAGCAAUAUGAAAGGCAAAGAGAGCAGUUGAGGAGGCUCGAAUACGAGAGGAAAAAAUUAGAAACUUCAUCCUCUUCAACAACAACUACAACCACAGCAAGCGCCACGGUUUCUACUCCAUCUACUACAAAAACGGUUGCUUCAACGCGGCCCAGACAUCCAGUACAGGCUGAUUCUCCUCCAUGGCCAAGACAACAAAUCCAUGAGGAUCAAGAUGUUAAAGAUCGAUCAAAACAGGAACGAGAACGGCUACUUCACGAAGAAAGGCUUCGCAAAGAACAAGAAGCGAUCGUGGAAAGAGCUCGAGCUCAAGCUGAAGCCAAAGCGCAAGCCGAAGCCAAGGCUCGAGCUGAAGCACUAGCUCGAAGCGGAGCGCGACUGCACGCUGAGGCUCAAGCUAGAGCUCACGCUUUAGCCGAGGCUGAAGCUCGCACAAAACUGCUCAGACAAAAUGUGACACGACCGCGAGCUUGGAUCAAGGUGGCGUUUGGUGAUCGUCGACCGUCGGAUGAUCGACCAGCACCGCCUAUACUUCCAAUUCGUCGCUAUCGCCCGUACGAUCUUAACAGUGUGAUGUCAUCACAUAAACUGAAGACUCCUGUCACAACAACCACUCAGGAGGUUGUCACGGCUGCCGAUUCUGAAGAAGAAGCAGAAGAAGAAGAAAAAACUUCUCCUACAACUACAACCACACCCACCAGCACUACCACAACCGAUGAUCCAACGACGACAACAUCCAGAAGGACGACGACGAGACGAACCAUCAGCACCGUUAAAACGACGCCGCCUACGACUACUCCUUCGACUACAACAACAUCAACGACGACGACAACGUCAACAACAACAACAACAACAACACCAAGCACCACCACCACUACCACAACAACAACAACUUCCACAGCGUCGACAUCAUCCAAACGUGUCAAGGAGCAGCUACCGUCCUCGAACGACAACUCGUCCGUGAUGUAUCGUCAAAAAGUGCCCAAAAGUAAACUGGACCUAUACAAGAGAUUAACCUCUUCCUGUCCUUCAUCAAACACAAUCUUCGCAUUUGUUCUUGUGUUACUAUCGUAUCUUUUAAGGUAG